AUGCAAAUGCAAUACGAGUUGGCUCCACCGCAGAUGGCUAUGAGCACUGGAAACUACGCUCAGACCCUCUACGUUCCGAACAGCAAUAGGAUAAAGUCUGAAGGCACCGGCUCGGAUCGCGGCGCUUCUCCUCACAUUUCCGACCACUCGAGAUAUUCUUCGCAGACACCGCAAAACGCAGCACCGACUUUCCAGCAAAUCGCCGCUCUGUCGAACUUCCCAUCCCAGAUCCCACAUCAGCAGCAGCAGAACGGCAUGUCUGUCCUCCAGCAUGCAUAUCAGCCGACACCGGUUCAAGAGCAGUACCAUCAGCAACAGCAGCAGCAGCAACAACAGCAGCAGCAUUACCAGCCCGCUGGCUCAAUGGGCUCCGCACCUCCCGACGAAGGUGGCAGGGCAAGCACUGGUAGCACCGGUUUGCCAAAGGCGUUUGCAUGUUCGACUUGUAGCAAAGGGUUCGCCAGGAGGAGUGAUCUAGCGCGUCAUGAGCGUAUCCAUAGCGGCGUCCGACCGCACGUUUGCGAACACCCUGGCUGCGGCAAACAGUUCAUUCAACGUUCCGCUCUGACGGUUCACUCACGCGUUCACACGGGCGAGAAGCCGCACAUGUGCGAGCGAUGUGGCAAGCCCUUCUCCGACUCUAGUUCGCUGGCUCGCCACCGACGCAUCCACUCCGGAAAGAGGCCCUACAAGUGCCCGUAUGCAGACUGUCAAAAAACCUUCACCCGUCGCACGACACUCACCCGUCACCAAAAUCAUCACACCGGCACGAUCGAGGAGUCUGAGGCUGCCACCGCCGCUGCUCUCGCCUCGCGGGCUUCUGUACACAAUCAGCGCUCCAGAGGCUCGGACGAGGAGAACGAUUUCUCAGGAGACAACAAGUCCCCCAUGCCCCAACAGCCUGAUCGACAAGCUUCAGCGUCGCCUGCCACGGGCAUGAAUGGCGCGCCAAUGCAGCAGAGGCAAUCGUCCGACUAUUAUAUGAGCGCCAUGAACGCGGCCGCGAUGGUUCCAGCACACAUGCGCAACGGAUUGCAGCCGUCUCCACGCCCCCAGUCUCCUGCUCACACACAGUACCCUAUGGCGUCAAAUGGUUCCCAGGGACGACCAUCCCUCACCUCUAACCCUUCGUCUGGCUACAACCCGCCGCACAUCCUCGAACCACCUACUGCCAACGGCCAGCAGCAAGGCGCGAGCGGCCACAACAGCCCACACAUGAACGCUGCGCUUGGCUGGCAAUCUCCACACAAUGGUAUUGCACCCCCUCAAACCACCGAAUACACGUACCCCGCGGACGUCAACAAUGGCGGAUACACCACUGCCCCCAUGUAUUACCAGCAAGCCGCGGUGCAGCGGCCGCACAGUACUGGUCCGCUUGAUCACUACAACCCGAUGCGUGGUCAGGAGAUGUGGGCACAGCAGCAGCAAUAG